GGGCGCCGUGUUUACAGCAGCAGACUGCGCGUGUACCUGAGCCUUUAUCCGUCUAAAAACACUAACCUUUUAACCAAAUAUCGACGGAAAACAUCAGAUACGAUCAUUUCUGGACCUUUGCUUGAGAAAAACGGGGGGAAAACGUCAUUUUCCCGCUGAAAUGAGGCUGAAUUACUCCCACCACAACAACGUGAUGAGCGGCUGAGGAGGAGGAGGAGGAGGCUGCGAAACUACAUUUUAUCCAGGAUAUUUCCAAACAAACGUCGUGUAUUUAACACAAAGAGACAAUGCAUUGAUUAAAGAUGCCUCUAAUCUGCCUAGAUACCCCCUUUCCAUCGCGAUUUUAAGGGUGUUUUCCCCAACUGAGGACCCUCCAGCAUCACCGGGACGUUGAGCGUUUUUUCCCCAGAAAUGGAGUGCGAAGAUGCGGAUUACAGAGGAAUCCCCGCCGCCAGUGUAACCGCAUUGCUUUCAUUAUAUAAACGUUUACAGGAAUAAAAACUGGACUAUGAUUGCACAUUUCCUGGCCAAAGGAAUAAGUCGGUGAUUGCAUUUUUUUUUUCAUUUUGCAUUGGACUCCCUUAGCUACCCUGCAAGCUUGUGUGCAGAAUUAGCUAUUAGCUCCAUUAGCCGGCUAACUGCUAAACGCUGCAGACUGGAGAUUAAAAAAAGGGGCUUUUUAUUAUUCCUCUGCAGGUUUUGCGUCACGUCCCGUCCCCCCCCCCUCCACAUAUUUAUUUACAGGAUUUGGGAGGAUUUACGCAUCCAGGAAUGGGGUCUGGUACGGAAUGGAGAGAUUUGACCUUGUUUUGGGGUCUGAUGCUGGGGCUGAUCCUCCGGCCCGCCACCGCAGAGAUCUGCGGCCCCAGCAUCGACAUCGGGAACGACAUCAGUGAAUUCCGGCGUCUGGAGAACUGCACGGUGGUGGAGGGCUACCUGCAGAUCCUGCUCAUCGGCGACAAAAACAACAACAACAUCAACCAGGAGUUCUUCCGCCACCUCAGCUUCCCCAAGCUCACCAUGGUCACCGACUACCUGCUGCUGUUCCGCGUCUCCGGCCUGGACAGCCUCAGCACGCUGUUUCCCAACCUGGCCGUCAUCCGCGGGCGAAACCUAUUCUACAACUACGCCCUGGUGAUCUUCGAGAUGACCAGCCUGAAGGACAUCGGCCUGUACAACCUGAGGAACAUCACCCGCGGCGCCAUCCGCAUCGAGAAGAACCCCGAGCUCUGCUACCUGGACUCGGUGGACUGGUCGCUCAUCCUGGAUGCCGAGUUCAACAAUUACAUCGCAGGGAACAAGCAGUCCAAGGAGUGCAGCGACGUGUGCCCGGGCAUCAUGGAGAACAACCCGCAGUGCAAGAAGACCAUGUUCAACAACAACUACAACUACCGCUGCUGGAACUCCAACCACUGCCAGAAAGAGUGUCCAGAGAAGUGCGCACGGCGGGCGUGCACGGUGGACGGCGAGUGCUGCCACCCUCAGUGUCUGGGCAGCUGCUCGGCGCCCGGCAGAGACACGACGUGCGCCGCCUGCGUUCACUACUACCACCAGGGCCGCUGCGUGGCCGACUGCCCCCCCGGCACCUACAAGUUCGAGGGCUGGAGAUGCAUCAGCGCCGAGCUCUGCUCCAAAGUCCACCUGCCCGACUCCAACAGCUUCUUCAUCCACGACGGGGAGUGCAUGUCCGAGUGUCCGCACGGGUACAUGCCCAAGACGCCCAACAGCAUGUACUGCAAAGCCUGUGACGGUCUGUGUGAUAAAGUGUGUGAGGAGAAGGUCAUCGACUCCAUGGACGCCGCUCAGUCUCUGAAAGGCUGCACCGUUAUCCAGGGGAACCUGCACAUCAACAUCCGCAGAGGCCACAACAUGGUGGCGGAGCUGGAGAGUUUCACCGGGCUGAUCCAGAGGGUGACGGGCAACGUGCGGAUCAGACACUCACACACUCUCACCUCGCUGGCCUUCCUGCGUAGCCUGAAACACAUCGAGGGGAAAGAGCUGCUGGACGACAUGUACGCCUUCGUUGCCGUGGACAACCAGCAGCUGCAGUAUCUGUGGGACUGGAAGCAGCACAACCUGAGCAUCGGCACGGGGAAGCUCUUCUUCAGAGCCAACCCCAAACUCUGCAUGUCGGAGAUCCGCAAGAUGUGGGACAAGACGGGCAUCGAGGGCCGCUUCGAGGAGAGCGACUUCCGGAACAACGGGGACCGAGCCAGCUGUGAAAGCACCAUCCUGAGGUUUAAGUCCAACAGCACCAGCAGCACGAGGAUCAAGCUGACCUGGCAGCGGUACCGGCCGACCGACUUCAGAGACCUGAUCAGCUUCAUCGUGUACUACAAGGAAGCGCCGUUCCAGAACAUCACGGAGUUCGAGGGUCAGGACGGCUGCGGCUCCAACAGCUGGAACAUGGUGGACGUGGAGCUGCGUCCCGACAAAGACUCGGACCCCGGGGUGCUGCUGUCGGGUCUGAAGCCCUGGACGCAGUACGCCGUGUUCGUGAAGGCCAUCACGCUCAAGGUGGACGACAAACACCUCAGCGCCAAGAGCAAGGUGGUCUACAUCCGCACCAGCCCCUCAGCGCCCUCCAUGCCUCAGGAUGUGCGGGCGUACUCCAACUCCUCCACUCAGCUGGUGGUGCGAUGGUCGCCUCCGAUCGCUCCGAACGGAAACCAGACGUACUACCUGGUGAGGUGGCAGCAGCAACCUGAAGACAGAGAGCUGUACCAGCACAACUACUGCUCCAAAGAGCUGAAGAUCCCCAUCAGGAUCGCCGCUGUGGGAGUGGGGGACCAGGAGGAGGACCCACUGAAACCCACCAAACCAGACACCGAGGGGCCAGAGAAAGGCCCCUGCUGCCCCUGCCCCAAGUCAGUGGAGGACCUGGAGGCCGAGGCUGCAGACGCCUCCUACAGGAAGGUGUUUGAGAACUUCCUGCACAACUCCAUCUUCACUCCGAGACCUUCGGACCGUCGACGCAGAGAUCUCUUCGGCGUCGCUAACUCGACUCACCCCCGACGUAGUCGCUUCCUCUCCAACAGCAGCACCUCCUCCUCCUCCUCCUCUCCUCCUCCCCCGAACCCCGCCGCCGGUAACAGCAGCGGCCCGGUGGAGGCAGAGCCGGCGGAGAAAGAGUUUGAGUUCGUGGAGCAGGCGGUGGACGAGCGCGAGCUGCAGAUCUUUGGCCUGCAGCCGUUCACCGUUUACCGCAUCGACAUCCACGCCUGCAACCGGCAGGUCCAGCGCUGCAGCGCCGCCGAGUUCGUCUUCUCCAGAACCAAGCCCGCAGAGAAAGCCGACGACGUUCCCGGCCCGGUGACCUGGGAGGGCCACGAGGACUGGGUGUUCCUGCGCUGGCCUGAACCACCCCGACCCAACGGACUCAUCCUCAUGUACGAGAUCAAGUUCAAACUGGCUGCUGAGGCGGAGAAGCACGAGUGUGUGUCCGGUCAGACGUAUCAGGGCCAGCGAGGCGUCCGGCUGUCCAACCUCAGUCCGGGAAACUACUCCAUCAGAGUGAGAGCGACGUCGCUGGCGGGAAACGGAUCCUGGACUCGGGGUGUGGAUCUCUACGUGGCUGAGCGAUAUGAGAACGUCCUGUACGCCAUGAUCUUCGUUCCCAUCGUCAUCGUCCUCCUCAUCUGCCUUCUGGUCUCCAUGCUGGUGGUCUUCAACAAGAAAAGGAACAGCGACCGGCUUGGAAACGGAGUCCUGUACGCCUCCGUCAACCCGGAGUACUUCAGCGCUGCAGAGAUGUACGUCCCGGACGAGUGGGAGGUGGCCCGCGAGAAGAUCACCCUGAACCGGGAGCUGGGACAGGGCUCCUUCGGGAUGGUGUACGAGGGCCUGGCGAAGGGCGUGGUGAAAGACGAAGCGGAGACACGUGUCGCCAUUAAGACGGUCAACGAGUCGGCCAGCAUGAGGGAGAGGAUCGAGUUCCUGAACGAAGCCUCCGUCAUGAAGGAGUUCAACUGUCACCACGUGGUGCGUCUGCUGGGCGUUGUGUCUCAGGGUCAGCCCACGCUGGUCAUCAUGGAGCUGAUGACCAGAGGAGACCUGAAGAGCUACCUGCGCUCGCUGAGACCCAAAGAGACUCAGUGGACCAGCCUGUCUCUCCCCCCCCUGAAGAAGAUGCUUCAGAUGGCCGGGCAGAUCGCCGACGGCAUGGCUUAUCUCAACGCCAACAAGUUCGUGCACAGAGACCUGGCGGCCCGGAACUGCAUGGUGGCCGAGGACUUCACCGUCAAGAUCGGAGACUUCGGAAUGACCAGAGACAUCUAUGAGACGGAUUACUACAGAAAAGGAGGAAAGGGUCUGCUUCCCGUGCGCUGGAUGUCCCCCGAGUCUCUGAAGGACGGCGUUUUCACCACCACCUCUGAUGUCUGGUCUUUUGGGGUAGUGCUUUGGGAAAUUUCCACCCUGUCGGAGCAACCGUACCAGGGACUGUCCAACGAGCAGGUGCUGCGCUUCGUGAUGGAGGGGGGGCUGCUGGAGAAACCACAGAACUGUCCCGACAUGCUCUUCGAGCUGAUGCGAAUGUGUUGGCAGUACAACCCGAAGAUGCGUCCGUCCUUCGUGGAGAUCAUCGGCAGCCUGAAGGACGAGCUGGACCCGUCCUUCCGGGAGUCCAGCUUCUUCUACAGCGCCGACAACAAGCCGCCCGACGCCGCGCCGCCGCACCUCGACGCCGUUGACAGCGUGGACGUCGUUCCCCUGGAGCCCGCUGCCUCGUCCUCGUCCUCACAGCAGACCCCCGUCCCCCCCCAACAGACGCCACCUUCCCCGAGCACAGAGGCUCCCCCCGGGCCUUCGUUAGCGCCCGGCUCCCCCUCCUCCUCCUCAUCCCCGCCUUGCACGUCGAGCGCCGCGUUGGACAAGCAGGCGUCCGGACAGCCGGCGACCAAUGGGCUGUCGGGGGCGGGACUUGCAGCGUCUCUGGAUGAACUGCCGGCGUACGCUCACAUGAACGGGGGACGCAAAAACGAGCGCGCCAUGCCCCUCCCCCAGUCCUCCGCCUGCUGAAAGACCCUUUCUUUUAAUACUACGUCCACCAGCUGGAGGAGCACAGGAAGGUGGAGUCACUCAAGUUCACUGUACCUCCCCCCCAUUUUCAUAUUUUUGGUUUCUUCCAACUGGCUGUCAAGACGUGACACUGCCCUCGCUGCUGAGUGGGAUAAACCAAAAUAAAAAGGGGGUAAAAGAAAGGAAGAACCUCAAAGGGGGGGUUACUCCAUCUCUCUUUAUGGCUGAGCUUAUUUUAUAAAUUGUCGUUUGUUACUUUUUUUACAUGUAUUCUCAAACGGGGAGAACAAGGCCUUUAUCGAUGACCGGCAUUUUUGGGCGGGCAUUACGGUGAAACUGUUGCAUAUCUUAAUGAAGAAGCACGUCUCCAGAGAGGAAACGACCGACCACAGGGACGGAAAAAAAAGAUCAAAUCUGCCAAAUUUGUUGCCAAAAUUCUACUUUUUUGUAAAACGAUUUAUUCUGCAGUCUUGCUCUGAAAAUCUCCGACACACCAGAUUCAAAACAAACACAAACAAGCACUUUGAUCUGACAGUAGGGAACAUUAAAACCAUGAUCCACCACGGGGAUAAUUCAGCCAAUAAUGGACCAUUUGUUUAUCAAUUACUCAGCCCGUGUUACCGUGAAUUCCAACUUUGUGGACGAGUUGUCCCUUUGACUUCCCUCUACAGCCCUACGCUACUGCUCUCCUGCUCUUUGGAUUGGAGGAUCAGGGCCACAUGAUAGUUGUUUCUUUUAUCAGAUCCAAGCAAAGUGGAUUUUUGUAUUUUAAACCCAGAACUCUGAGAUAAAUUUCAAGAUUUGUUUCCGUAAAUCCCAUUAAUUCCAAAAUCUCGGUGAGGAGUCUCAUUUUUAGAUCAAAUCUUAUUUGGUGAAAAAACAAUCUAAAUUUCAGAAAUCUCAGAAAAGCGUCUGAAUUCUGCGGAACAAAAAGAUUUAGUCAUUUUUUCUCUGUUUUCUGUCUUUUUUCAGAGAUUGUUAACUUUUCUCUCAGAAGUUAGACUUUAAUCACACGACUCAAAACGUGUGGCCCUGAUCCUCCUCUGCAGGUUUGCUGUUCACACCUUCUGAACAUCGUUGACCUUCAUCAGAAAUCAAACAGUCACAAAGUUUUAGUUUUGAACAGCAAAUCCAAAACAGCAGCAGAAGGAAACAAAGGCUGUGGAUGGAAGCUCACAGAGAGGAAAUCACAUGUAAACUAGCACUCAAACGUCUCUUCUUUUCAGACUACUUUGGAGCGUCUGCGCGGACGGACGCUCCGGUCUCCUUCGUGUCACUUUUGUACGUUUUCUACGGUUGGAGACAUUCAUCUUGUACAGAACAAAGCUGCUAUUUCUCUUGUGGUUGUAAUAUAUCUAUAUAUAUAUAUAAAUAUAUAUAUAUAUAAAAAGAGAAAACUCUCCUUCAGGUUUGGAUCUACGAACGUUUCCUCUACACUCUGAUUUUUUUUCCUAAAGCUGUAUUCGUGUUUAUCUGAGCUGGAUUCCUUUCUGUGCGGUACGACAGACUCUGACUCUGAGGUCAAAAUUCAAUCUUUAUCUACUCUCCUUUUUCUAAAGCUGUCAUACUCAGAGUAUUCCUUCCGUGUGUGUGUGUGUGUGUGCCUCAGUCGCUGCUUGUUACUCAUUUUCUUUGAAAUUAGAGAAGAGAUGCAAGAGAAGUGUUUCUUAAAAACCGUCUGGAACCAGAAGAGCCUGGGGCCUUUUAGCAUGUGGAGCCAAAACACUGACUGAAUCAAGUCAAAAGUUAAUAGAAUAGAAAAACUUCCCUCUGUCAGUAAAUGAUACCGAUACUCAGUGGAGACGGAGCGUAACACAUAGCUCUCUUCUUACCUCCGUUUAUGUUGAUACGGCUUUUUGUUUCUAAGUUGAUGGUAGAAAUAUGACAGCGUAUGAGGGUCUUAGGUAAAAAAGGAGCCGGGUAAUGGGGGGUAACUUAAGGAGAAAACAACGUAUCAUUUUACACAUUCAAGGCAUUCAUUUACGUCAAAAAAACACAAAAUUAGAAAUAAAACCUGGAUUUCUUUCAGUAUAAAGUCACAAAGAAAUGUCAAAAUGGCUUUUUUUUUUGCCAAAUCAUCAGAAGCAUCGAGAACUUGAAGAUGCAUUGCCAUAAAUCUGACCUUUUUAGAACAAAAUGUACCUCUUUCAACCUUGCAAAGUGAAGGAAGUGGUUCCUUGGACUUUAUUCUCAGAGAAUUGAAGAUGUUUAAUCCCCUUUACCUAAAAUGAGCCUCAAGCAUCCUUUAAAGAACUGAUUUUGGGGAGAAAAGCUUACAGUUCUUCUCUUAUCUUGAAUUGUUUGAGUAAUAAUGUCAUUUAUUGUUGCACACGGUUAUAUUUUGGACUUUUCUUGCAACUUUUGACACUCUUCUGUCAGCGUCAGGGCUCCAUAUGUUGAGAUCAGACUGCAAAUGAAUGCAGGAUAUACUGUUUAUGAAAUAUCGACUUAACAUCAGAAAAACAAGAUUCCCUUUAAGGACAAAUGCUCUUCAGGCUCUCCUCUACGAUUAAAACACUACAUUUAAAAUCUGAAAACACACUUUAUCUGACGUGAAGACGGGUAGAUCAGAGACGACCACACAGGUGUUCUUUGGUUGUUUAUCUUUUUGUUUCUGAGUGUAAAUCACUGUAUAAAUCCCCCUGAUUGUUCUCCUCCAUCUUUGUGUCCUGUUGCUGUUUUUUGGGGGAAAGUUUUGUUGUUCCUCAGACAUCCAUCUACCUCACUUUGUCUUUACUUUCUGCUCAAUCUAUUCACACGUGUCGUCAGUGCUGGUAAUACGGUUAAACCCAGACCACAGAACCGGUCGCUGCUGGUGGAAAAUGUCUCUUUAUCGUGCAGAUAAUCAACAACACGUCGAAGGCUCCUUUCCGCUCAUCACAGUUCCGUGUUUGCGACGUAUUUCCCAGAUUUUAAACAUUAAGUAAGGCAUGGUACUCCUCCUUAGUUAUUCAAAUGUGCAUUUAAGUUGCUCUGCAUCCAAUUCAUGUGAAAUAAAUACCUGAUCCAUAAAAACCCACAUUCCUGCUGAUCUGAAGGUUCUGUGGGACUCUAUAUUUAAAUUCUGUUUUCCUUUUCAGUUACACAGAGAUUGAUGGAAACGUAACAUAUCUUCUUCUUGCACAUUAUUCUAUGUCAAAUAAUAUAAAAUAAACCUGAAUUUAGUCAAAUAUCGCUUAAGAAAAACAGGUUUAAACAAAUAUUAGAUUUUUCAACCAAAUGUUGGGAGAGUUUUGGGAAUUUCUGAAGGAAUACCUAUUUAAGAUUUCUGGGGAUUUCUUCUUUGUUUUAAAGACAGAGUUUGGAUGCUUAGCUGAUAUUCAAAUGCAAUCAUAAAUGACAUAAUUAACAAUAAAUCUCAUAGUUGAUAUUUCCUUUAAGCAGGAGGCGCCUUACUGACAUCACUCUUCUCUUUCUGGUUCAGGUGUGUCUAUAUUUUUAAACACAUCACAAAUGCAAUUCGAGGAAAGAUUACACAGGACUGCAAAUGAUCAGAUUUUUCUAAAUAUUUUUGAUUUAACAGUUUAAUUUCCACUAGUUGUCGUUAGUUAUUUCUGGGACAUGUAAACAACAUCAAUUCACGACAUCAGUUGCCAAAACUCGUUCGGUUGACGGUGCAAUUCAUCCAAAUUCAAGACAUGACUUCUCCUGUAAAACCAACAUGCACAUUCUCAAAUGGGCUUCAGAUUUCAAGGGAAACUCAUCAUUUAUGGUUCAGUUUAAGAUGUGUUCUGUAUUUAUUCCUCUUGAUGGGCGCUGUAGUUGGUUUUCUGAUGGGUAUUUAAGUGUUUGAUCUGAAUUCUGUCCCACUUCUACCACUGGACCCCCUGCAGAGUUGACUCUAAAUCCACCAUGUUUGUUUCUUUUCUAUCAUUUCCUGUUUUUGUUGCAUUGAUGGCGAUAUUUUUUGAUAAGUUAUUCACAGCUGUCCAGCUCAGAUCUGUUAGACUGAUUUUUAUUUUUCGUAAAUGCUGUUCUAAGGUUAUUUUGGUUCCUGUGAUAAAUAUAUUCUGAUGAGUGCGUACUGGAAACACUGAUUGGCCGAAGGAAGAAGAGAAUGUGUUUUUUCUCUGGUUCUUUUUUUUUCUACACAAGAUUUAAGAUGAAUUAAAAAUGUAUGCAAACUGCU